AUGUCUCAAGCUCAAGAGGUUGCGAGGGCGGCACCGUCUCCGCCCAAAUCUUCUCCAAAAUCUUCCCCUAACUCGCCUCCAAACAAUGCCGAUGAUGCUACCGGCACUAUUCUUCCCGAUGAGAUCGACGAUGACGGCGAGUCGUUGGUCGGACCCGUCAGUGUAGUCUCAACUGGUACAUCUCUUAAUGGUCGGACAUAUCACAAGUACAAAGACGGCAAAUAUGCUAUGCCCAAUGAUGAGCAGGAGCUCGAUCGACUCGACUUGACGCACAACAUGUUUCUCCUCACCUUUGAGAAUAAGCUUGGGACUGCGCCACCUAACACCGAUGCUCAAGCCUCGGCUGUGCACCGGGUUCUUGACAUUGGUACGGGAACUGGUAUCUGGGCAAUUGACUUUGGCGAUGAGCACCCCGAAGCUGAGGUCCUUGGCGUCGACUUAUCUGCAGCAUGGCCAAGUUACACCCCUCCCAACGUUCGCUUCGAAAUUGACGACAUUGAAGAUACUUGGACCUACUCCCGGCCCUUCGACUACAUACACAGUAGAGUCAUGACAUCUUCGAUCAAGAAUUGGGAGGACUAUACACGAACCUGCUUCGAUAAUCUCAACCCUGGGGGAUACCUCGAACUCAACGAGAUUGAUGCUUGCCCGCAGUCCGACGAUGGUACCUUGAAGGAAGACUCCGCCAUUCUCAAGUCCGUCCGCAUGCUCGAGGAGGCCGCCAACCUCUUCGGUCGCCCGUACCACAACGCGCAGGCGCUCAAGCAGAUCCUGACAAACAUUGGCUUCGAAGACGUGACUAUUCAAAAAUAUAAGUGGCCGACGAAUCCCUGGGCUAAAGACGCCCGACACAAAGAGCUCGGCGCAUGGUGCCACGAGAACCUGGUUGCUGGCUGGGAGGGCUUCUGCAUGGCACCCUUUACUAGAGCCCUGAAUUGGUCCAGAGAGGAGGUCUUGAUACUCAUGAUGCAGGUGCGCAAGGAGUUUAGUGAUAGAAGCAUUCAUGCGUACUUCCCGGUCCAUUCCAUCUACGCUAGGAAGCCUGCGGGGCCAGCCUCAGCAUGA